GUGGGGUUCCGGGGCGGAGUGUGUGCGUUGGCCGGCCCGGCUUUGGGCUGCGCGGGAGGAGAGACCGGGUCCGGCGAACGGAAGGUGCGAGCCCCGCGGCCGCCAUGAGUGGUUCACAGAACAAUGACACUAAAAGACAGUUUCUUCUAGAACGGCUACUGGAUGCAGUUAAACAGUGUCAGAUACGGUUUGGAGGAAGGAAAGAAAUUGCUUCAGACUCUGAUAGCAGAGUCACUUGUUUGUGUGCUCAGUUUGAAGCUGUGUUACAGCAUGGUCUGAGGAGGAGCCGAGGGUUAGCGCUAACAGCAGCAGCGAUCAAACAGGCAGCAGGUUUCUCCAGUAAAACCGAAACAGAGCCAGUGUUUUGGUACUAUGUGAAAGAAGUUCUGAAUAAACAUGAAUUGCAACGCUUUUACUCUCUGAAGACAAUUACUACAGAUAUUGGUAGAGGCCGGGCUUGGUUGCGCUGUGCAUUAAAUGAGCAUUCCUUGGAAAGAUACGUUCAUAUGCUGCUUGCAGAUAAGAACCGACUCAGUGUCUUCUAUGAAGACUGGUCUUUUAUGAUGGAUGAAGAACGUUCUAGUAUGAUCCCUACAAUGGCAGCUGGUUUGAACUCCAUUCUUUUUGCUAUCAACAUUGAUAAUAAGGAUUUAAAUGGGCAGAGCAAAUGCACACCCACCAUGUCUGAUUUGUUAAAGGAAUCGACGCAAAAUGUAACCUCAUUAUUAAAAGAAUCCACUCAGGGUGUUAGCAGCCUUCUUAGAGAGAUAACCGCAUCUUCUGCUGUCUCGAUUCUCAUAAAACCAGAUCAAGACACUGACCCACUUCCCGUUCUCUCAAAGAAUGUCAAUGCUGAUUUGAAAUAUAAAAAAGAUCGAAAAAAGAAGAAGAGAGUGACAAAUAUUAUCUCAUUUGAUGAAGAUGAUGAUGAGCAAAACUUGGGGGAUGCCACGAAGCCUCUGAUUACAGGAGAAAGUUCAGAGGAAAGUGUAGACAGAUCCUCAGUUUUUGCAUUACCCUCAUCUGAAAGCACUCUUGGAAAAAAUUUCAACGGUAAUGAAAGUAACCAUUCGUGGAGGAGCAAUUCGGUGUUCAUGAAUGGGGAGUGUGAGUACCAGAAACUCGAUGUGAAGAGCAUUGAUGAUGAAGAUGCAGAUGAGGAUGAGCUAUAUGGAAAAAUGUUAGGAAAUAAGGGUGCAGAAGGUGAACCUGAAGCUUCUGAAGAGCCUCAUGGCAUAGGCACAUGCAAUUCUCAGAUAUGCAGUUGGACUCCGCUGCAGGUCCUGAAUGAUGACUCGGAAGUUCUGUUUCCUGUCAGCGCUGUUGGUUCUUACACCCAAACAGAUAAUUUGGAGAAUGGAGAGGGGCACGAACAUGUUGUUCAUGCGGUAGAACUGGUUCCAAGGAGAUCUGAUCUUCCUUACAGAGUGGAAGUCAGUCCUCCAGCUCAAGUGAACACUUUAAGCAAUAAGUUGCCUUCAGCCACUGUGCCGGAAUCCAUGACAAUUAAUGAACUUCGUCAAGCUAUUGUGGCCAUGAUGAAUAGAAAGGAUGAACUGGAAGAACAGAAUAGAUCUCUGAGAAAUCUGCUUGAUGGAGAGAUGGAGCAUUCUGCAGUGCUAAGGCAGGAAAUGGACAACUGGAGAAGGAAGGUAGCAGAACAGGAAGAGCGACAUGCCACAAAAGUCCAAGCCUUGGCACGAGAGAAUGAGGUGCUAAAAGUGCAACUGAAGAAGUAUGUUGGAGCUGUCCAGAUGCUCAGAAGAGAAGGCCAAACAGUGGAAGUUCUGCCAAACAUUUGGAGCACUGAUGGUGAAUUUACUAUACCAGAGCAAAAGCAAGUCGAAAACAAUGAGGAACUAGCCAGCUCUUACGAAAGAAAAUUGAUUGAGGUAGCUGAAAUGCAUGGGGAACUGAUUGAAUUCAAUGAGAGGCUGCACCGUGCUCUGAUGGCUAAAGAAGCUCUUGUGUCCCAGAUGAGACAAGAACUAAUUGAUUUGAGAGGGCCCGUCCCUGGAGAUUUGAGUCAAACAUCUGAAGAUCAGAGUUUGUCAGAUUUUGAAAUAUCAAACCGUGCUCUUAUUAAUGUUUGGAUUCCCUCAGUCUUUCUGCGUGGAAAAGCUGCUAAUGCAUUCCAUGUUUAUCAGGUUUAUAUUAGGAUAAAGGAUGAUGAAUGGAAUGUUUAUCGAAGAUAUGCGGAGUUCAGAAGCUUGCAUCAUAAAUUACAGAAUAAAUACCAGCAAGUGAGGACUUUUAACUUUCCACCAAAAAAGGCCAUUGGAAACAAGGAUGCAAAGUUUGUAGAAGAGCGACGCAAGCAGCUACAAAAUUACCUAAGGAACGUAAUGAACAAAAUCAUUCAAACUGUGCCAGAAUUCACAGCCAAUCCCAAAAAAGAGACUCUUAUUCAGCUGAUGCCCUUUUUUGUGCCGCGGCUACACGUUACAACAGUUUCUAGAUAACCGUUAAUUACGUGUUCUGCUGAGCCGCAGAGCUGGACGUUUGUUCUCUUGUGGUAGCUGCUCAAACGUACCCUUUAACGAAAGCAGAGAAUCUGCUCAGUAAAUCACCAGAAAAGAGACUAGAGCAGGUUCUGAGAAACUGUUGUCUGCGGGCCGUGUUUGAACGCCAGAGGAGUCAUCAGUUCUCCGUGAUGAUUAGAGGACUGUAACGUUCAAAGAGUCUGUUGUCUUCGUUUCACUGGAUGACAUUACUGGCAACGUAUCUGAUAGCAAAAGUUGUGUUCUUAGGUGUUUGUGUCAGUUGUCUUUGAGUCACCAAGUUAAAUUGCAGUAAAAAAUUCUCUAUUUCUACCUCUCUCUCGUUUUGCAAACGCUUCCUCCCUCCUGGAAGGUAAAGUUAAUGAGAAGCAUGGUAGGGAGAUAGAGGCAAAUUUCAGAACCAACCAAUCGGCCACUCAGAAAAAAAAUGUUGCCCUGAAAAUAUUCCUCUGAGAUUUAUUUAGCACUAAACAGCGUGUAAAGCCAAGUAUCUGCUGUUGGCCUUGCAGACCACAGAUUAAAAUCAUGGGGAAGAAUAGAUGUUUGUUCUUAGUGGGCUGAAGAAUUUUUAUUUGGUUUGGAUUUUGGAGUUUUUCUUACGUAUUUCAGUUGCAAUUGUCAGUGUGUCACUGCGAACAUUUCAAUGUGUAUAUUAAAGGCAUGGAAGGUAAAAAGAACGUUAACUUCUAUACAAUACCAUUGCUAGUGUUAAAAUGCUGCUUUCGAGCAUAAAUGAAAUAAAUCUCUCAAGAAAAUUACUGUGAGGUUCCUAUGGAUGUUGCAUCUCUGAGUUCAUUUUAAAGAAAUUGAAAAUUAACCCUUUCACAGUUACUUUCAAAAUAUUUUAGAGGGAUAAAAACAUUUGCUCAGACUUACCCCUACCAGUUGUAUUUCAUUCAAUAGCCUCACUGCAUUCAGAAGUACAAGGGGUACUUUACUCUACAGCAGAUACGGGCACUCUUAGUGUAAAGAAUGAACUAAAACCUCCUCGCAGGAACAUUUGCAGAAUAUUAUUUUAAAUAAGAUCUUUGAAUUCACAGACACUGCUAUAUUGACGUAUAAAGGUAAAGGAGACAAACUUUUUAAAACAGUGCUUUCACUGUGUUUUUGGCCAGUGACAGUAUUGGGAUGACGUUUUCAUGAACUAAUAAAAAUUUUAAAGGAAUUUUAGGUUUAUAAAUUUCUCCAUUUGCAGGACUUUAAAUCUCAAUCUCAAAUAAGGUGAAAAAUGUUUUUGUAAUCUUAUUCUGUUCAUGUCAUGUUCUAAUGUUCUCUGCCUCAUUUUAUGAUUUAUAAGUAAUCAGUUUUAUAGCUACAGAUUGGUUUCUAAAAUAUUCUAAUUAUUUCCUCCCUUUAGGACUUGCUUCGCUAGACUGAUAGUACUGUACUUAGAGCAGCAGUGUAGCUCUUAGUUAACUAGUCUUUCUGGAUGAAACGCUGCAAAAGAUGAUUCUAUGAAAAAGCAAAAUCAUUCUAAAGUAUGUUUCUCUAGCAUGUAAACACAACAGCAAAAAUGCUCGUUAGUACAGAAUUAUGUGUGGAAGGAGUGGGAAUCCCUCCUCUUACUUGAAUUCCAUACUGUCUACGUAUAACAUAAAUAAGCAAAAGCCUACCCAGGUGCAUACCUCUCUAUCAGCCCAGCAGUUAAUGCUUUUGGUUUAUAAUUUUAUUCUGCAGAAAAAGUUAACUUGGAACCUUUUCAGGUAUUGAUGUGACUGUUUAUACGGGAGCGCUGGGCUCAUCGAGAUGGUUCUGUUGAGAUCCGUGGAGUUAGGGCACGGUUAUACAGUUAGUUAGGCAGGGCAUCAGUUACAUGUGUAGGCAGGAUACGCGGUGUUUAGUUACAUAUGUGUUUUGGGAAAUACUGGUAAUGUGGGUUUUAUACUGAAUCUUUGUUUUGUGCAUUCCGUGAGACGCUGGGUCUGCAGUUGCAGCCCCGAGCUCUUGGGGCAGUGGGAAGCAGCAAAGUCGUCGUGCCCGUUCAGCUGGCAGCGCUGGUGCCGGUGCUCUGCCGUUGGUGCCUUGUCAGAUAAACAAGAAGAUUAGAAGCAAACAGGCAAUCCCUGAAAUACUGCGAACCAAUGGCGAUGCGAAAUAGGGACCUUGUAAAUGCAGUUUUGAAUAGGUUAAUUUCUCAAAAAAUGAGUUGGUGAUGGCAUGACACUCCUUAAAGCUAUUAGCGUGCGUAUCUUGCCUUCUAACCGAGUAAGUGAGAGCGUUCGGCCAACGCGUCCCGAAGUAUUGUGGCUAGUGGCCAGAUCGUUACCCGAUUGCGUCCUUUGAAGUGGCAGCUUCUGUUACCACUUGGCACUGAAGAACUUCAGUACCUCUAGCAGAUCUGAGUUAUGUUCUGUAACAGGAUGUAAGCACUCUGAUAAAGAGGAAUAUAAUUUACAUGAACUGGGAAUAGCGUUUGCUUAAAUGUGUGACUUGUAAUUAGUAAAGCACCUCCUAAUGCCUGAAACAUGCUAAUGAAACUAAUUUAUUGCUAUGUUAAUUGAUUUGAUCUACUUAUAAAACUUUGUAGAGACAUUACACAAUAUUUAUCUUUCAAUAGAACUGUGUUGCCAAGCACGGAUGAUUGUUGAAGUAAAAAUAUCUUAGAUAUCUAAAAUUUGAUUAGCAUGUUCAGAUAAUGCAGGAAGUUCCAUUGCAAAAAUGUACUGUUCUUCUGUGGAAGUUUUGCUGGCGACAGAAUUAAAACAUUUGGAGUGGAUUGUUCUUAACAAAGAUACAGUCGUCUCGCUGUUAUUCCUGGUCUCUGCGUUCCUCACCGUGUAAGUGACAGUUCUGGUUUUAGUCUCUCACAACCUGUGAGGCUUGACAUCAAACCUAAAAAAAGCAUCGUGCCUGUUUUCAUCGAACUGAAAUGUGAAGAAGUAGGGCAAAAAUUGUUUGGUCAAAGUAUAUGAAAAUUCACACUUUCAUCUCUUUUCCUUCUGCAAGAGUCAUAUUAUGAUGUUACUUUUGUCGUUUAUUUUGUGUUUUGGCACAUGUCGACGUUGAAGGCGUGUAUUACACGACAUCCUACAAAUGUAUUAAAUUUUCUUUUCCCUGCUCUGAGUAGUUGAGAGGGUUUAUGAAUGUUGGAGGAAAACGAGGAAGGAAAAAAGUUAUAUCUGGAGGAGUCGAAACAGGGAUAAAGAGGGCAAGAAUAAGCAGGAGAGAGACACAGGAUGCUUCAUGUCAAAAGGAAGAUGGGUUGAAUAUACUAAGGAAGAGCGGAGAAAUGCUGCUACUUGGGGCUUACUAGAAGCAUUUGGCUUCAUAAAGCUAGUUUUAUCCAAACAAAUGAAGAUGAUGUUACGGUUGUAGUUUUUGAUUUUACAAGUGAUCUGUCUGGGAUUUGACAGGUUAUUUGUGAAAUAAUUAAAACGUUGGUCCUGGCUUUGAAGUACAGGACACUAAAAACUUGAAUGGAAAAGCGUGUGAAGGCUGUCGGGUGGCACUUGUGGCGAUUCUGCUGCUCCCUUCCACGUGGUACAGAACUGUCCUGCAUCCUCCUCCUUUGUUCAGACCCAAGGUUUGCACAAUUUCUUCUUGCUUUAUCGCCAGUGGUUAGUCUUUUUACAUAGUCUGAAGAAAUGCUAAAAUCUGUAAAUUGAGCUAGGAGAAGAUGAUUUCUGUGGGAGAGGACUGCCUCCCGAAUGCAAGCUAUGGCAUAGUUUUAUCCUAUUGUGUGUGAAAGACGUUGCAGGAGAGCUAAGGAAGCUCUGUUUUAACUUGAUUGACCAAAUCUUAGUUUAUCUUUGAGGAUUUUUCCAGCAGCUAAGAGUGUGUGUAUGGAAAAACACUCCCUUGAAAUAUGUAUGGAAGAUGCCACCCAUGCUGGGAACAGAAAUGUUAUUUGCUCUUCUCUCCCUUGAUCCCAAGGGGCA